AUGCCAAAGGAAACCCGCAACGGGGUGCAGCGGUCUCGCACCCCGAAGGCAUGUGAUCGCUGCCGCCGGCAAAAGCUCAAAUGCGAUGAAGCAAGGCCCUGUGUACUUUGUCUCCGGGCUGGCAAUGAAUGUGAGACCUCGCUACGGACGCCUGGCCGACGGAAACGCCCGCAGUCUACGGUAGCGACCAUUUCCACCAAGCCUGCUGUAAAUACUCCGCAGUCUCAAGCAAGCGGAAACACAAUUUCUGGCCCAGUCGGCCAGGGUCCCUUGACUCCGAUCGCAACUCCGUAUUCAGAAAGUUCGGAAAUUCGGACAAACACAUCGACAAUUGACUUUGCGCGCAGUGUAUUCAAUGAAGGAGAGACUGGACGCACAUUCACCGGAGCAUCCAUCCCUGGUGACAUGGGAAAAUCCCCAUCAAAUGAAUCAAUAUGGACUUUGAAAGGGAUUCAAAUGCCACCGACUCCUGUCAUGAGGGCACUCAUCGAUGCAUAUUUCCAUCGAAUGCAAUGGUUUAUUCUGAUAUUCCACGAGCCAUCAUUUCGGGCAACGGCCGAAAAAAUACUCUCGCAAAGCCACUGGGAACGCAAGCAUCUGGGAUCUGUAAUGGCUCUACUAGGAGUUACGAGCAUUGCUUUACAGUCAGUUAUACCCGAUCCGUCAUGGGAAGGGUGUGAACUUCUGGUCGAGCAUGAAAUCGAUCCCAGCGCUCUUUUGCAGGGGUUUAUUGCAGAGAUAAGACUUCAUCUGAUCGAUCUUUUAGAUGAUUGUCAAAUAGAAUGUGUCCAAGUCUGCUCUUUAUUAUCCUCCUACUACGUUUAUCACAACUCCCCCAGCCUCGCUUGGAAUCUUUCUGGUAUGGCGGUGCGCGCGGCAUAUGCUUUGAAUAUACAAUCAAAGGAGCAUACAAGCAAGGAUCCAGUCGAAAAUGAAAUUCACUCUCGUUGCUGGAAUCAUAUGCUAGUUGGAGAUACCUUUUGCUCGGUGAUCUACGGGCGGCCACCGUCGAUAAAUACAUCAUCGGCAGGGGUGCGCUCCCUGACGCUUUCUGAAGAUUUAAAUAUCGACCCCUGGCUACUUGGAAAUCCAAUAUUGACUAUCCAAGAUUGGACGACGUCCAGCGUUCCAUUCCACAUGAUGAAGGGUGAGCUCUAUGGCAUCUCUCGCAGAAAUCUCUCGCGACUCCGCCAUCUUCAUUCGACCGCGGAGAACAUAGAAGAUAAACUACGAGUCAUAUGCGAAAUAACUCAAGAAACGGAUCGUCUACUAUCUCAAUGGAGAAGCAAGGUUCCCGAGCUGUUCGAUAUGGAGUAUUGGAAGUCUGAAAUGCGCUGGGAAAAAAUAUCCCAAGAGCUGUCUACACUCCCUCUGCGUACUAAGAGAAAUGUAGAAACAGUUUAUUUUCAAGCCGCCGUUUUACAAUUGACCUAUGAUGCUGCCAUUAUCCAAACACACAGACCACUCCUUGAGCAAGAAAUAUACAACUCAUCUCGGCAAACACCAUUUGUUGAGACCCUGCGCCAGUCCUUGGAGGCAGCCACUACAGCUGCCCUCCGUAUCUCGCGUGCUCCAAUAAACGACCUUCGAACACAAUAUGUUUCAUCUUUUGCAUCGUUGCAGCAAUUUACGGCUGGCGUUAUUCUCUGUAUACCGCCGACAAGCCAACCAUUCACCCCAGCUUCACUCGAAGCAAAGGAAGGAGUGAUCAGGAUCAUUCAUGCGAGUCGGUCCCAACGGUGCUAUAAUAGAAUAGCUCGACAUACUGAGCAACUAUUGACAGAACUCUUAAGGGUUACAACGCAACGUGAAAUGGCACGCGCACUUGGAGAUAGUACAACUAUAGGAUCCAUUACACAGCCUUGUUCUUUAUCUACAGAUGGGCAAUCGAGAUUUGGCACGAAUGUGCAACACUCUUCGGCGUCUAUUGCCACUAGUAGUGCGAUGGUUGCUCCGGGGGAGGGCAACCCUCAAUCACAAUCAUCCUCAGAGCACUUCCAACGCACAUGGACAUCGGAUCAAGACCUUUUUGCUGCGGCGAUGGCCCCAAGCGACUUUCCCUCCGCACAUAUAUUUCAGCAACUCGAUGAUACAUUCGGCUCGUUCGGUGAAAGUGGGAUUUCCUUUUCUUUCCUCUCUUGUUGCUCAGUCCUGUCCUCGCUGACUGCUAUUUUAGUGCUGUUCAACCUUGUUCCCGAUGAUCACAGUAGCUCCUGGAAUUGGGGCCGGACACUGCCAUAA